AUGACCACCUCGGCCACCCCGCUCCAACCCAUCAUCGUGGACAAGGUGCCACCCGCAGCCGCACAACCCCUGUCGGCGGCAUCGGGCUCAUCCCAUCUCGCCUCGUCACCGUCAGCCUCUCGCCAUCUAAUGGGUGCACACUCUCCUACUGCAAAUAUGGACGCCGUCACCGCUGCGGCUGCUUCAGGCGCCCUUCCCGCCGCCAACGGUCUCCCUGAUGACCCUGUCGAGGCUUCCUCCGUCUCGCGCCUCUUUCCUCACCCACCCGCCACCGAUUCCACCCCAUCUACGACUCCAGCUGCCCUCACAGCAGCCUCGGGAUCCGUCCCUGUAUCACCACAUCCAGUCUCUCCACCUCGCACUCCCGCUGCUGCCGUCGGUUUCAGAUCCGCCGCGUCGCCCUCUUCGCUGCUCGGCUCACCCGCAUCGGAACGAGGAAACCCGAUUUCGCAUUCAGGCGUCCAUCCUGCUCACUUGGUGCAGAGUCUCCACCACGUCUCCGAUCCUAUGUCGACGCCAUCGCGUCCGAACAACAGCGGCUUCCGCUCGCCCGUCCGCGUCCGACAGCAUGGCGCAGCUUCGCCCUUGUCAGGCACUUCCCCGCCCGGCUUGUCCACAAGCCAAAGCGUCCCGUGGCAUCAUGGCGAACUCAACGCUCCCAACACGCCUCAAACGCCGCAUACAGCUUACACCUCACACAGCCCAAGCAUCUUUGAGCGCGACAUCGAGCACCGCGAUGCUAGCCACAUCAUGACUAAGCAGGAAGCCAUGGACGUCGCCAUUCCCAGUGUGCUAGACGAUGCAGUCGAAGCCAUCAUCGAAGACGACGCAGAGAUCGAAGUCGUCGCCCCCGCCAACCCCGCCCCGCCCCUGGCUCUCAGCUCUGCUGCGCUCUCUGCUCACAGCGGCGCUAGCUCUCCCUCGUUCGACCUUGCCUCUUCGCCCUCGCCUCCGCUGUCAGCGUCAGGCGCUCUCGAAGCACCUCCAGGAACCAUGGCAGCACAGAUUGCUGAAAAGCUCGGACCUCGAGCCAUGGCAGUCGACGACGCAAACAACGCAUCACGACGCGCAGCAAGUGGGCUUCGUCACUUUGGCUCCGACGUUGAGAGUGUUGGCAACUCGAUGCGCUCGCGCUCUCCUCCCGGCAGCCGAAUGCUCGAUCCAGCUGAUGGUGGCAGCCCCGUCCGCUCGCGUGCUUCCAUCUCGCCCGCUCCUGGCUUGACACCUGUUUCGUUGGCAGCUGCCGUCUCACAGGCGCAAGCCACAAGCUCACUCCAGGCCCCCUCAGCUGGUCACUCGCCCAUGCCAACCGCUACUGCCUUCCCAUCGCUGCCGCUGCCCAACCCGUUCCGCUCCAGCUCACCCAACCUUUCCGCCAUGGCGCUUCCAUCGCUCACCACCGGUGUCGAAGCAGGCCGACCGGCUACAUCCAGCGUCAGCAUCGACGGAGCCAUCAUCUCUGGUACAGAAGUCGCCACUCUUGAUCACAGCCUUGACACGAUCGCUGAUGUGAUUGCAGCCCACGACGCGGAACAAGCGGCAAGCCCCUAUGUUCCACGCUCUCCGGCUGUUCCCUCCAUCUCCGGCACAAGCAGUCCGCAUGUGGGGGGCUCAGUCAUCCGACCGCCCCAGCAGCAUCCAGGCACAGGCGCAGCUGCGGGCGCCAAUCGCGCCGCUCCUCCGGGCACGCUUGGCUUGCCCACCAGCACCAGCGGGCUGGGCGUCAUGGGUACGGGUGAGUCGCUCUUCGCCGCUCUUGCCUCAGGCUCGCCCUCGCCUUCUGCAGACAAGCGAAGGCUCUCGUUCUUCUCGUACGCCGACAUCCUCAACGAGAGCAAAGGCGAGGUGAUGGACCUUCAGGGCGUGGUUCAACACGCCGCUGAGCGUGACGAGCAGCAACACGGCAUCUUCCACCCGCAAGCGCACGCCAGUAACCACGCUUACGGCGGAGACCAGAGCAACGGAUACGAAGCGUUCACAUCGCAGCCGUCCAUCCUGCAGCAGCUCGGUGGAGCCAACAUGGCCAGAUCAGCCAGCACCAGUGCAGCCGCCAGUCCGCGCACCAGCUCCAUGCCAGGCGGAGGAGCCAAGUCGACCAGCGGCACCUCGAGCAUUGUCGCCACUGGAGCGGGGUCUGGGGCAUACACACCAGCUCGAGGCCGUCGCGACAAUCACCUCGAAAACAAGGCGCUCAGCAACCGCCUCGACAGUUUGCAACUUGCUACGUCCGAAGCUACUGCGGUCGCGGCUGAAGGCAAGGUGCGAAAAGCGGUUUGA